GAUGUCUUUAUCCCGGGUUCAGAGUCUCAGACUGGCAGCUGUACUGGAGGACUGUUCAGACCAGUUGGACAUACUGGGACACACUCUGACGGUGCAGAUCAACAGGGAGCAAGGCACUGCAACAGCACAGGAGAAAGCCAGGCUGACCAAGCUGGUGAGGGACUGUCAGUACAUCUCACAGCAGGUUUCCACGCUGCAUGUGGAGCUGGAGGAGAAGCAGAGUUUCAGUUCUGUGCAGCAGGUGGUGGGGGAAGUGAAGAAGAAGAAGGUGGAUGAGAACAAAAGAAGAGAGUUAAUGAGAGAGCUGGAGGUGAGAAGACAAAGACUGCUGAGACAAAAAGAUGAGGUCCAACAGAAAGUAGAGAAACUGCAGGUCAUGGACCGGCUCUCCAGAGACAUGAAGUAUCAGCUGAAUCUGCAGUCAUCAAAGUUGGCCAACAAGAACAAGAUUGUGGAGAAAAAACUUGAGCUGAAGCUCGAGCAGACACAGAAGGAGAACAGCCAGGCCGAGAAGCUGCUGGAGGACCAGCUGCAGAUGUUGCACAAACAGCUGAAGGACGAGAGGAGAGUUCAUGAAGAGUCGGAGACAUUCCUGCAAAAUCAACUUAAGGAGUUGCAGGAGCAGCUGCAGCAGUGGCAGCAGAGCACAAAGCAGAUGCUGCAGAAGAAGGAGCAGCAGCUCAACAGUUUGUGCUGCAAAAGGACACUGAAUCUGGACAGACUGACGGAUAUGAAGAGGAAGUUCAAGGAGAUGGAGCAGGUGGUGAUGGAGGACAGGGAGGAGCAGGAGAGACUGCGCCAACAGCAGGAAGAGGCCAGAGCUGCUACCAAGCUGCAGGCCUGGUGGAGAGGCUGCAUGGUCCGCCGGGGCCUCGGUAGUUUUAAAAAAGCAGAGGAUGACAAGAAAGGAAAGAAGAAGAAGGAAGGAAAGAAGAAGAAAAAAUGAGUUUUCUCCAGCACUCCUUUGACACAUUGAAAUAAUAAAUAGAAUUCAAUAGAACAUUA